GCCGGAAGAUCCGGGUGCUGCUGGCCUUCAACAUAAACAGCAAUGGCGGAGGCAGCAUCGGUGGCGGCGGCGUCUAUCGCGGCUCCGGCGAUAGCGACGGGAGGCUGGACGAAACACGUUACCUGCAGGUAUUUCAUGCACGGCCUUUGCAAAGAAGGGGACAACUGCCGAUACUCGCAUGACCAAAGCAGCAGCAAACCAGCCAUGAUCUGCAAAUUCUUCCAGAAAGGAUGCUGCGCGUUUGGAGACCGGUGCAGGUAUGAACACACCAAACCAGCCAAGCAAGAGGACCUCCCUGGACCCAUGCCCUCUGAGCUGCUUCCCGCUGCCCCCCUCACCCUUGCUGGUGACUCUGGGUCCAUGCCCAGUGGGCCAGCUGGCACGUCCAAAGCCCAGGAAAGGCCCCAGAGCUCUGGGGGAGUGGACUGGGUCAAUGCUGCUGAGUUUGUGCCAGGCCAGCCCUACUGCGGAAGAGCAGAUCCUGAUGAUCCGGGGCCUUUAAUCGAGGACGAGUAUGAAAAGGAACAAACCAACAAGGAGCUGAAGAAGCAGCUGUGCCCGUACGCAGCUGUUGGCGAGUGUCGCUAUGGCCUCAACUGCGCCUAUCUGCACGGUGACGUGUGCGACAUGUGUGGCUUACAGGCGCUCCAUCCGUCCGACACUGCUCAACGCUCGCAGCACAUCAGAGCGUGCAUUGAGGCCCACGAGAAGGACAUGGAGAUCUCGUUCGCCAUCCAGCGCAGUAAGGACAUGAUGUGCGGCGUCUGUAUGGAAGUGGUGUUUGAGAAGGCUAAUCCUUGCGAGCGUCGCUUCGGCAUCCUCUCCAACUGCAACCACUGCUACUGUCUUAAAUGCAUUCGCAAGUGGAGGAGCGCCAAGCAGUUUGAGAGCAAGAUCAUAAAGUCCUGCCCAGAGUGUCGAAUCACGUCCAACUUUGUCAUCCCAAGUGAAUACUGGGUGGAGGAUAAGGAGGAAAAGCAGAAUCUCAUUCAGAAGUACAAGGAUGGCAUGGGGAGUAAACCCUGUCGAUAUUUUGAUGAGGGCCGUGGAACCUGUCCAUUUGGAGCUAAUUGCUUUUACAAACAUGCUUUCCCUGACGGACGUCUCGAGGAACCUCAGCCUCAGUCCCAAAACCAGCGAAGGCAAAAUGGCUCGAACGCAAGAAACAGGGGCUCGAGGCGCACACCACUCUGGGAUCUGUUCGACGAGCGGGAAAGCAGCGACUCCUUGGAUAACGAUGAUGAGGAGAUGGUAACAUUUGAGCUGAGCGAGAUGCUCCUUAUGCUCCUGGCAGCAGGAACCGACGAUGACGUCACAGACUCCGAAGAUGAGUGGGACUUAUUUCACGAGGAGCUGGACGAUUACUAUGAGCUGUACCUAUAGCACCCCAUCGUUACUCCCUCCUUCCCCCCCCUCACCCUCACUAACCUUCCCUGCCACCAUCAAUUACUCCUCUCCCCCUUCCCCUUACUAGAAUCUAGACUGUGUGAGUGAUGGACAGUAGCUUAUAUUUCUCCCUGUGUUGUGGCAGUGCCUUUCAGCAGGCCGUUAAACUUAUGAAUUCAGUUCAAAGUAAAAUGAAUUAUUAUAUAUAUAUAUAUAGAAAAAUUUAAUAUUAAAAAAUGAGAAACAGGGCUGUGCACCCAUGCUAAACCCUCUUCUAGAAAUCUCCUCAGUUCCGUGUUUGUGUACAUUAUGUACAAAAAAAAAAAAAAAAAAGAAAAACAGAAAAAAGGACGUUUAAAAAACAAAAAGACACUAAGUUAUACGUGUAAAAAUUGGAAUGAUAUUGCUAAUAAAUCUUAAUGAUUUUAUUCUGAAGUCUAGGUUUGACUUAUCUACCCAGGUAUAGUCCUGGUUAAACGGGACUCUGAGCAUACAGCAGCUUUAUAAGACUUUACUGUAACUGGUGGUGGCUGUGAUGCUUUUCUGGAAUAUUCUCUUCUCAUGCACUGAUUCUGGGGUGGUGGUGGUGGUGGUGAGCUUCCUUGAUGUCAAAUGCACACAUGCACUCUUAACGUUUAUAAAACAACUCGUCACUGAACAUUGUUCUUUCUGUCUCUCUUUCUCCGUCUUUCUUGCUUUUUCACCCUCUCACUCUCCCUCCUUCUCUUUCUCUCUCUUUCUUUCUUUCUUUCUUUCUUUCUUUCUUUCUUCUAUCUCUAAAUCUCUCUAAUUGGCCUAGUCAGGUCAGUUUUUAACCUACCUGAAGUGUACAGGUUAUAAUCACCUGUGGUAUCAAAUACAGUCUCUCCUAAGUACUGAGUGUAAUUGGACUCCCGAAAGCAGACUUAAAUGCAUUCAAAUACGAAGCCGAGUGUUUCAUCACUUUAACUGUCUAGUAAUUGUAGGUUUGUUUUUGCUUCAGUAUUGCAUAUUAAGCUCGGCUGUCAGUAGCCAAUCCACAAAACACCCAGUUGUUAUUCGGUUCUUGUUGAACUUUAAUUAAAAUUGCAUAUGUUUAUACUGAUAUGUGCUUGUUUUCUAUGGUCCAGAACCAUCCAACAUAACUUGAAAAUUAAAGUUUAUUAUCACAGUA